UCAGCUGGGAACAGGGAGAGAGACACCAGCUUUGAGGAAAAGGCAGGCACACACAACAUGAAAGACAGUCCUGGAAUUGGGUGUUUUGUACUCUAGGUUGCACUGCAGACCUGUUUCUGGAGGGAAACAGAAGGGCUGGACACAGGAGACGGACACAGGAAUUCCAGGUCACAAGGGCUCCUGUGGCAGAACUCAGUCCUGGCUGGGUUGGGCUGGGCUGGUAUUCCAACCUCUCCCUCUCACACUCAUGAGCAUGAAAGAAACAGGGAGUAGAGGAUACAGAGGAGUGUGUUAGAUCACUAUUUGAGGGGAACCCAGAGGCUGGCAUCUUACUUGAAGGGUUGACGUCUGGCCUCACUCCAUCAUGAUGGGAUUCUCUGUUGAGCUUACCUGUUGGUUGCUGGUGCUUUUUAUUGUCAGAGAGAACCACACGGUGAAUGGAGGUUGCUCGGGGAAGUGCUGCAGAGGCAGAGACAUGAGCUGCUUGACCACUGACUGGAGGAUGGACCGCGUGUAUGGGACAUGCUACUGUGAUGAAGGCUGCGUCAGAACCAAGGACUGCUGCUUUGACUACUUCACAGAGUGCCCAGCUCGGGACUGUGCUGUGAGCGACUGGAGCUUUUGGAGCGGCUGCGCCAAGCCCUGCCAGCUUUCGGUGCGAGUCCGUGUUCGUCAUAUAGAGCAGCAGCCCGGUAACAGUGGCCAGCCCUGCCCCAGCCUGGAGGAACGGGCUGGCUGCAGGGAAUACAGAGACCACCAGGGCAGACACUGUGGAUUGAAUUCAGGUCCUGCAUUCAUCACCAGCAUGGCAUUUGCCAAGGGAAGACCCAAGCAUGACAGCUAUGGAAACCCCCUAAACCCUGGGUUCUGUGUGGAAUUCAAGCUGGAGUCACGGACACCACACUGUACAGUAGAGAACCAGCCGCACACACUCUGGAUGCGCUACAUAACUGAGGGCUUUAGAGUGUGUGUGGCAUGUGAACCUCCUGCCAUGCGAAACAAUACCAGCAGCUGCCAGGGAGACGGUCAGGAAUCAGACAAAGAGGCUGUGCUCCACUGGCAGGCAGUGGGGAACCCUCAGUGCAGCGGGACUUGGAGGAAGAUCCAGAAAACCCAGCAGUGCACCUGUCCUCCACAACACAGCUUUGUCUUCAUCUGAUCCACAUAAAGUUCUCAUCUAGAGUCCACAAAAGCAUCUGAAAACCAAGAUGUCAUCAGUGGGCAGGCAGAUCGGAUGCCUUUCCACAACAAGCUUUCAACACUAAAGAGACAUCCGUCUGCAAUUAUGUCUCUUAAUAUGGUACAGAUUAGUAUAAAUUAUUUUUUAAAUAAAACCGAUUGUCAUAAAUGCUUCCAUAGAAAGACACUUGUACAGUAUUUCACCUUUUCCUCAUAGACAUUAAGCACCCCUCACAUCUGAUUUUAUAUCUCUUUAUUGUAAAACACUGCUGUUGUAUUAUUUUUCAAAGGUCUUGCAUAUUAUUUAUCUAAAAACCUGGAAUUAUAUAAUAUAAAAAAGAAAAACUUUACAUUGUUCCCUGUGAUUGUAAACUCAUGUGGGUUCUUGUUGACUGCCCUCUGGUGGUAAGCACACACAGACAACAUUACAGAACAAAUUCAGCUUAGCUGGUGCACUCAGGAGUAAAUGCGUGAACUAGACACAUUUUACUGACAAAUGACACGUUAUACAUUUCAUAUGCUAUCAAAUCUACCCAGUAACAGCAGGCCAAAUUACCCAGGUCAUUGUUCUGUGCUUGAGUGCCCUCUGGUGGCAAACUGUUUCAGUGCAAACACAGCAGAUCACACAAAAGCAAUUAAAAUCAAUGGAAAAUUCGAGUGAUUUCAUUUACAGGUAAAAUGCUACAUUAUACAAGUUAGAGGAGUUCUGCCUGUCUUUAUCCCACUUCAUGUGCCCUCAUUAGAACUCUCCAGCGGUCUUUGAGCAUGGUGCCAGUGCGUCCUUCAAAGUCAUAAUCCAUUAAAAUACGAGACCACUUCCCCUGCCCGUGACGCUUAACACCAUCCUUGAGGUACUUGUCCAGCUGGGGGGUCCAUUUCUAAACAAAUGGGAAAAAAACAAAACUUGUAGUUUCUGUGCUUUAUGGAAUUUAUAUAUUCAUUAAUUUUCAUAUGGGGAUUCAUUGGUUCUACUUACUUGAGGGGGUUUUCUUAUUUUUUGUACCUUUAAGGUGCCCCCUGAAUUUUCUGAGGUCAUCUGGGAUAACUCUGAUGAUGCAAGGUUUGAAAUUAUUUUACUUGCAUUCAGGCUCAGAAAUAUGACGUGCUGGCAAAUACAGUUCAACAGAAAAAUACAAAAAGCAAAUCACAGCUACAAGAAAAUUAAGACGCACCAUUACUGGAGAUUCGUCGAGAAGCACGACGCUUCUUGCAUGUAUCAGGUUUCCACACGUCAGUAAUUCGGGUUGAGAGCAGUUUCCGUUUUGGUCUGUGGAAGUGAAAUAAAGCAUAACAAAAUUCUUUUUUAACCUA